AUGUCAUCGUCUAAUAAAAAUAAAUGUUCUUUUUGUCAAAAUAAAAGAACCAUUAAAUUUAAUAACUCAAAAACACAACAACCAGGUACAUCAUUUGUGGCUAAUUAUGACUACAAUAUGGCUUCUACAUCUACAGUUCAAUAUGAACUACCGUCCAAUCCAGAAGAUGACAGUUGUAUUCAUAUCAGAAACAUGACUUUUUUAAAAAAUUCAUAUAAAAAUGUUCCUGCGCCAUCAGAACAAUUUCUUAUGGGAUUAAAUUGUGCAGUAAUUAAAUUAUUGAAAGAAAUCGAUGAAAACCACAAAAUACGUGUUAAAAAAGUAUCAAAUAAACAAAUUUCAAAACGGCAACAACAUAAAUCAUAA